ACAUGAGAAACAUUACACUUUUUUAAUGUCUGUGCAGUUACUGUGAAGCUAAAACCAGCAUCUGGUUACUGCUGUGCUCGGGCUGUAGAUAACCUCGCUGACAUGGCAACAAGACAUUUUUAUCUCUCAGUUUCUGUACUGAUUAGGCAAACACUGAUUAGGUGUUAAUUAGAAGUUCUGGCUGCCAAGUUAAGAAAAUUGGUUUGCAGAAUUUGUUUAAUAUUUUUCAGUGGCACUGAUCGUCUCAUCUAAUUCUUGGGGAAAGAAAGUAAGUAGCAUACCGCCCACCUUCUUGAACUAUGCCUUCACUAUUUUAGACCUGAUAUGUGUAUUAAAAAAUACUUCUUGAAUUGUUUGAAACACUUUAAAACCACAUUGGCAAUACAAGAAGAACAAUAUGUUUUUCCUGUAUAUUCACUGUAGAAAAUCUUGAAAUCACUAUCUUUUUCUGAUCUUUGUGUGAUGUUUUUUCUCACUGAAUUUAGCUAUAACACUGAUUUAUGGCAGUGGAUGUUAAACGGGAUAUAUGACAGAUUCCAAUUGGUGUAUUGAUUGAGUUUUACAAUUAGAUUUGAGAUGUACUCACAAUUUCACACUAAAGCAGUAAACAUGCAGACCUUCCAUAUUUGCUUCUGUAUCAUGCACUGAAAUACAUUUUUAAAAAAUGGAGAUUUUCCAGCACAGUUUUGUGACUUUUAAAAUCACGACUUUAAAUUGUGAAUUUAAAUUCGCGUGACAUCUUUGUAUUUCUAAAAUUUCCUUUAUUUAAGGUGUUUACGUGUGUAAAACAGUAAUUACACCAACAACAAAUACUGACCACUGCUGUAGUACAAUUAACCAGGUGUAAAGUUGUAAAGUACUUUAAUUAGUUCCGGAUUAUUGUGUAAUUUAAUGUAAAAAUCUCGUACAUUUGAUGCACAUUAAACAAGAUAAAAUAUGGCAGCAUACUUUGAUUUAUAUGUUCAAAAAAUGUCAAAAUCCAGUUUAUAAACUAGCAAAUGGGUUUAUCAUUAUGAAAAUAUCCUGUUAAUUUGAGAUUAUUAUGUUAUAUAAGCUGUUAAAUGUAACUUUACAUCAAAAUCUUGAAUAAACAACAGAUCUUCACAUUUAAAGAAGGUAAGCCCACAUAUGAAAUGAUUGGAUUUAUUUAACACCAUAAAAUAUAAUUCCCCAUUGUAAUAUACUGUUAAUUUAUGGUCAUAGUAAGUUUAAUAUGAUUCUUUAUAAAAAACUUCACAUUGAAAUAUGAAAUAUUUCACAGAAGUUUACUGUAAAAAAAAAAAGUGCGCACUAAUUACAUUGCUGGAUUUAACUUGGAAAAAACUAUUUUAAAAUGGUUAACCUUGAUUAUGCUAUUAUUAUUAUACUUAAAACAAGCUGCUGUCAUAUGUAAUAUGUUUUUUACCACAUGAAAUAAUUGGAUGGACAUUUUAAAAAUAUGCUGUUAAUUAAAGAUCACAUUUAAAAAAACAAAAAAACAAAAACUUGUUAAACCUUUAUUUUAAUAAGGUUAUCAGCAUAACAUUUACCAAUGUAUAUUUGAAAUCAUUUAAAGGAUUCUUCCAAUUUUAUGACUAUGCACUGUCAUGAAGGAUUUAAUGACUGCUAUAAGACCCAUUCAUUACUUCACCUUUCCUCUAAGAAAUUAUCACCUGUUUAAAGUUUAAAAAAAAAAAAAAGUAUUUUGCUUGCAGCAUUGUGGUCAAAUGACGAAUCAUGAAAUGAUGAGUUUGCUUUACAAUGCCAUCAUCAAACCAUUAGAACACACUUUUUGUGUGCAACAUUUAAUCAUCAUACAAGAAACUGAACACUUUUACACAAAGGUGACUCAUACCACACCGUUUUCUCCUGGUACCUCAGACACCACCAAAAAACACACACAAAAGAGAAGUUGCAGACCUUGUGCUGCAGGCACAUCACAAAAACAGCAAAAAAGUCCACUCAUACACAAAUAAACUGUGUUUCAGUCCAGGUACAAUAUACAGCAGUGCCAUAUUCAAACAGAACCAGCUGAAUGCUUUAAAGGAACCUGGUGCAAAAAUCACACACAUACAAAAAAGACCUACUUGUACACUCAUAAACUGUCGUCCAGGUACAAUAUAUAGCACUGUCAUAUCCAAACAGAAUUAAAUAGCUGGUAUCCUUGAAGGACUUUGUGUUGUACAGACUUUUGCAAAUGUGAAAGAGUGCAUAACUUUCAUGCAAAGACCCAUCCUUUCUUUGUACGACAAUGAAACACCAGAAUAAACUGCAUCCUCCAAAACUGGCAGAUGUUCAGUCAGUAGUAGGACACAAACAUCAACAUAACACCACCAGAAGAUUGUGAUGUGGCCAUACCCAAUGGUCUGACCCACAGAUAAUAUGAAGUACUCUGCUGCCAAAGAAGAACUUCCUCUGGUACACAUAAAUAAGACAGGGAAUCAUUAACUGUUAGCCACAGACUGUAGGGUCAGUGUGUCUGACUGUAUUUCAAUGUUGAAUCCCGACCUUCAUAUCCCCUGUUGACCUUGAUAUCCCUGCUUGUUCAACAACAAGAAACCAAAAACUGUAUCAUGCAUGAACUCAAAUUGAGGUAAAUAUGACACUGCUGUAGAAAUUUCUCAUUCCUGUCCUUUAAUGUGCUGGGAAAUCAGAGGGAAAAGGCCAAUACAGAACUUGCUGGAGAAUCAUCAGAAUUUUACAUUUUCUUUAACAUCAAGUAAUCUAGUAGAAGCUGUCUGUAAAUGAAUGGUUAUCUUAAAAAAAAACCUGUAAACAGCUCAAACAGGAAAAAACUGGGACUCCAAGUCUGACAUUACAAAGAUUCAAUUUAUGAGGCCCCCUUUAAUCUGAUGCAUGUGCUUCAACUCAGAGAACCAAAAAAGGCUGUGUUAGCUUAGCUUAGCUUUACCAGCAAUUUGUACUGGAAUGGGGGGAAAUUCCUUCAUGUGUUCAGCCAUGGAAUAACAACCACCAGGACAGAUCGUAAAUAAUAUGGGGUCAUCUUACAGUUUUUUUUAAUUGGUUUGGCGCAGUUUUCACAAGCAAUUGGUACAUUUUCAAUACUCUUCUUACUUAUAUCACAACAGAUCAUCAAAAGUGCACCUUUUUCAAACAUUUCAGCAUAUUUCCAAUUGUGUUAGUACAAUACACAUAAUGACAAAAUAUCCUUUUCACUACACAAAAUAAGUGUUUCAUCUAAAUAAAUGUUUCGUUCACAGUUACUGCCUUUCAUAAUGUUAUCACUAUAAAAUUUUUGAUUUGCAUCUCUUAUCAUUCAGUUUAAUACAUUUGUCUGUCAUUCAAUUCAACUGAUCUUAAUGUUUAAUCAAUGAAUCAUUCAUUAUGUCCAUGGAUUUUCAACUUGACUGAUUGUUGUCUGGUCAUUUGUAAGUUACACAUUGCUGCAAGAGCUUUCAAUCUAGAAAUACUAAUUGCUAAUUGUUUCCCCCUGAUGAUCACAAUUAGUUACCAUAUAAGUAGAACUGUGUUUGAGACUUUGCACUGUUCAAAUAUGGAGCAGGGUAGACUCGUAGGGAGAGGAAACCUUCAUCGAAGAGGUGGUGGUGCUCCUCGACAGAGAGGUGGGCACAGACAAAGAGAAAGAGGUGGUGGUGCUCCUCGACAGAGAGGUGGGCACAGACAAAGAGGAAGAGGUGGUGGUGCUCCUCGACAGAGAGGUGGGCACAGACAAAGAGGAAGAGGUGGUGGUGCUCCUCGACAGAGAGGUGGGCACAGACAAAGAGAAAGAGGUGGUGGUGCUCCUCGACAGAGAGGUGGUCUUCAGAGAAAUGUAGGCAGAAGACAACGCACCAUCAUGUCUAAUGAAGUCCGGGCCAUCAUUGUUGACCAUGUGGUUAACAGAGGCUUUACCAUGGCUGAGGCUGCCAGGUUGGUACAGCCUAAUUUACAAAGGUCAACUGUCAGCUCUAUCAUCCAAACUUUUCGCCAAGAAAACCAAAUUAACAGGAGACAACCUGGUGGUGGUCGCCCACGUGUUUUGACUGACCAGCAGGAGUUGGCUGUGGUGGAAAUGGUCAGGGCAAGGAAUGACAUACGGCUGUCUGAAAUCAAACAGGCUAUUGAGAACAGCAAUGACACCUUUGCCAAUGUGCCAUCAAUUAGCCUUCCAACGAUUGCCCGGCUUUUGAAGAAGCACCAGGUUUCCAUGAAACAAAUUUACUUGGUUCCUUUUGAGAGGAACAAUGUCCGGGUGAAACAACUGCGUUCAGAAUAUAUUCAGAGGGUGAUGGAGCUGGACGCUGCUGUGAAUCAUCACAAGUAUAUUUUCGUUGAUGAGGCCGGUUUCAAUCUGGCAAAAACUAGACGCAGAGGACGUAACCUUAUUGGACAAAGGGCUACCAUCCAAGUCCCUGGACAACGUGGGGGAAACAUCUCAAUGUGUGCAGCUAUAUCUGAAGAUGGUGUGGUAGGCUGUAGACCAGUUCUAGGGUCAUACAACACUGAACACCUGAUAGUUUUUUUUAAAUGAACUGGAGCAGGCCUGUCAGGGAGAAGACAUCGUCUAUGUUGUUGUGUGGGACAAUGUCAGCUUCCACCAUGCACAGCUGGUUCAGGAAUGGUUUCAAACACAUCCUCGCUUCAUGACCCUCUAUCUUCCACCAUAUUCCCCUUUCCUCAACCCAAUUGAGGAAUUCUUCUCUACAUGGAGGUGGAAGGUGUAUGAUCGCCAUCCCCAUGAGCAUGUCUCCCUUCUUCAAGCCAUGUGUGAAGCUUGUGGUGAUAUAACUGCUGAGCAAUGUCAAGCCUGGAUUCGUCAUGCCAGGAGAUUUUUCCCACGGUGCCUGAACAACGAAGACAUCCACUGUGAUGUUGAUGAAAAUUUAUGGCCCAAUGUUAAUGACCGGCUUGAUUAAAUGUGUAAAAGUGAU